UUCAGCGGCAGCGUAACGAACAAAACGUUUUUGUGUCUAUACAAAAUUACAAUAAAAAAUUGUAUAAAAAUGUUGAAACAAAUGUUUGCAUUUGUGCUUAUUGCCAUGUGUUUAAUGCACAGUGCUACUGCCAUCAAAUGUUAUCAAUGCAAAUCCCUAACCGAUCCCAACUGUGCCAAGGAUAAAAUUGAUGCCACCUCAAAUAUUCGUCAAGUGGACUGCGAUUUGGUGUCCAAGCCAAAUUUCAUGGAGCAGCUGCAGGCCGUAACCAAAUGCAACAAAGUUGUCACUAGCGAUCGCGCUGGAAUUAUUGUAUCACGCGAUUGUCACUUCGAAGUUGUUGGACAAAAGGACAACGAAUGCACCGUUACGCACAGUCGCCAAGUGGAGAGCUGCUUCACCUGCAAGGGCGACCUUUGCAACGCUUCGGGCGCUGCUCGCUUUGUGACGCUAACUGCGACAGCGCUGCUUGCGUUCUGCGCCGUGCACUUAGCGUUGUAAGCAGCAGCGCAGCGCAGCUUUAUAAUAAAUAAUAUACGAAUUGCCCUUGUACAAAUUUCUACUAAACAAAUAUGUAAUGAAUGUAUUUAAUAAAUAUAUAACACAACUUACCACA